AUGAGUGAACAUUCUCUGUUACCUUCCACACUACAAAUUUUCAUACAGGAGCCUGAUGAUAAGCAUUUGGCUGAAGGGACAAGUGACGGAAGUGGCAUCACAACAGCAACUGAUGAAACAGGAGCUGACAGCAGGUCUGUGAGUGGGUGCAGCUCCCCAGCACGGUCGGUCCAGUCUGUGCCCAGUGUGUUUGAUGAGGAUGACUGGGUGGAGGGGGAGGACCCACUGUCUCAGAGGGCAGACUUGGGCAGUCAGCAGGAACCAGCUCAACCUGGCCCUCCUAACACACAGGGCUAUCUGAUGCAGUCAGCUGACACAAGGAGGCAGCCUGCUGUGGAACCCCGACCACCCGGCAGGAACGGUACCGGUGCACAUCCCAGGCGCAGUGGACCAAAUAACAACAGAGAGGGAUGCUUCCGCUGUGGGAAGAAGGGACACAUAAGGUCUGACUGCCCCGGCGUUAAUGGCAGAAGUGUACAGAAGAAUGGUAGAAAGAAUGGUCGAAAAAGCAACCAGUGGUAGUAACCAUCGCUGAGCUGGCAGCCUGCUACUGUUCAUUGUAGUGGUAGUAGAGUUUAUUUUUUCAGAUUGUAACUAUCAAACUUAAAGGAGAAAAGAGAUCCUGCUCAUUUUGUUAUUUUACUAAUAAUGUCACAUUUCAAAUGAGAUAAGGGUUGACCAUUCAGUAAUAUUUUUUCUAACAAGAUGAAAGGUCUAUGUUUCAAUCAGCCUUCAUAUCACUAAUCAUCUACAGUCAAGGGAAAACCAUAUUCUAACAGACAUUUUAUUUUAAAGAUCACAAUGUGUUGCAACACUAACAAAACCAGCAGUGAUCUCAGGAAACUUGCAAACAAAGUGAUAAACCACAGUGUCACAGUCUGGUCAAACUGGUUAGUUGCAUAACUUAAUCGCCAUAUUCUUAUGAUUUUCUUCCUGUGAAUGUUACAUUAUAACAGUUGCAAAGGUUUAGUUUCUGUUUUUGUUUCAGACGUCACAAUAGCAAAGAUUUUAAGAAGGAAAGAACCCUGUGACUACAGUACAUACCUCAGAUGCUUUCUGUUAUCUUUCUGAAGAUAAAGUUAUGUUAUGUUUAACAUAGUUCUUGUUGAAUGUUCAAUAGCUGUAAAUCAAGGAGAGUCUAGAAUAUAUUAUACCAGAACAAUGUUUAUAUACUAUAUAGUCCUACUACAAUGUACACAUGUAGUAAGAAUACAGUUCCUAAGUUUGAUUUGUGGGAAGAGCUUGUUAUCUCCCGUGAGCCAUAUUGUAAGCAUCAUGAUCAGCAAAGCCAAGUUGAUGGGGAAAUCAAGCAGUAUUGCAUAAUUGUUUUGUUCAUUUGAGUAAACAGAUAAGACAUCAAAUGAUGAGUUUAAAUUCAUUCAAACUUCCAAGGGUGCCAUAUUUCCAUUUUGUUUUGACAAAAAGAAAUAACACAUUUGUUUUAUAAAUAAGGAAUUGAAUUGGUGUCUCAAUCCAAAGACUACAAGGUUUGUGCAUGUUGUACAUGGGUACUUCUGUUGACAGUAGUUGUUUUCUUUGCUAUUAUCUUACUCUUGUACCAGAAUCAGCUUUGUUGAAAGACAAUAUGACACUUGCUAUGACUGAACGAUAUACAGUGUUUGUUUCCAUAAAAGAUCCGGUAUGAGAAGUCUUGGCAUACUAUGUCAGUAAAGACCAAAUCAAGACAUACUCAGUGCUAUUUUUCUCAUAGAUGGCAUAUUGUUGGAGAGUCAGAUAUGGUAAAUUGAGAAGCUACAUUGUAAAUUUGUUAAUGCAGCUUGAUGACUUCAAAUGCAGUAUAGAGGCAUGGUAAAUUUGUUCCAAAUUAUUAUCCAUAUCUAGGCAUGAUGAACAGUAAGUUAACUUUUUUUUGUUACUUGUAUACGGUUCCUAUUAUGGUACAGGCUUACUUUGAGUCACAUGCCCCAAAUGAUGGGUCAGUCAUCCUCAAGAUGGCUGGGAGUCCUAAAGAUUUCUCUAUUUUUGCAGAGAUUGUGACAAUGGUAUUAGUUUGUUUGUGUUACAACCAACUAUUUUUGUAUGUUUGAGUUGACUGUUUGGAUUAUUUUGUUGCACAAAAAGAUUGUCAAGGUACAUAUGACGAGGAUAGAUCAGGUUGUCAAUAAAAACUAUGUACUUUGCAGAAUUG